UGAGGCCCUUGCUGGCCCGGCCAGGGUCCGCCUUCGUUGAUCGGGCAGGCCCCGCCAUGGGCGACCUCAGCGUUCAAGUUACAUCAAACGCCCAUCACCCUCCUCCCCGAAGUUGGUCCUCUUCCUCGCCAGACCACGACUUUUUCUGCGCCAUAUCUUCCCCGAAAUCGACCGAUUGCCUCCAGCAGUCGAUGAAGUAUCCUUCCUUUUCACAAGGAAUACAUCGGUGAACUGCAGCAAUGGCAGACCAGUCCGUUUUCCGAAUUACGAAGGAGUUGAGCGAGCUCCAGAAGAAUUCGGAUCUUUCGCUCGCCGUUGCUUGUCGCGACAUCGAUGUUCGAAAUGUUAAGGCGCUGAUCAUCGGACCGCACGAGACUCCCUAUGAGUUUGGGUUUUUUGAGUUUGCCUUCAAAUUCAACAAAGAGUAUCCGAGAAAGUCACCACAGGUCACCGCGAUCACGACAAAUGGAGGCAGGUGCAGGUUCAAUCCCAACAUCUAUUCCAAUGGCAGAGUAUGCCUGUCAAUUCUAGGGACAUGGCGGGGCGAGCGGGGAGAAGAGUGGUCUGCCGCACAGGGCCUAGAGUCCAUCCUGUUAUCGAUCCAGAGCCUAAUGUCUUCGAACCCCUACGAGAACGAGCCCGGCUUUGAGGACGCCAACGAGCCCUCCGACAAGAAGAAUCAGAAGGACUACGUGCAGAAGAUCCGCCACGAGACACUCCGAGUCUCCGUCAUCCAACGCCUGGAAGAAUACCUCAAGAUCGGUCUUGAUGGUGCCGUCACGACUCCCGAGUCCAGUAAGGAGGACUAUGACCUUGACAUGGACACCAUCGAGGACGAAUCCAGCACCCCGUUUGAGCCCUUCAAGGAUCUGUGCAAGCGCAGAUUCCUGUGGUACUACGAUUCGUACCUCGCUACCAUCCAGAAAGGAAUGGCGGAGGUGAAGGAUGGCCAGCCGUUUGUGCGGAUGCCUUUCGAAGGUUCUAACAACACCAUGGAGGGGAAAUUCAACUACAGCGAACUCGAGCGCCGGCUGCACGGUAUCAAGAAGGCCUUGGACGCGGAGACGGAAGCUUGGGCGGUGGAGGGACUUGCGGCCAAGUCUAAGGAUACUACAGUCGCGGUCAACCUUCAGAGACAGUUUGAGCAAAUCGUCGAGUUCUUCAAGCGGUCCGGCACUGCCCACAACCUUGAGCUGGUUGAUGGCAACCCCUUCGUCUGGGUCUUGACAUACUUUGGAAAGCCCAUGACGAAUCUUGACGGAGGGUUGUUCAGGGCGAGGUUAUUCUUCAGCCCCCGGUUCCCGGAGGAGCAACCACGAAUCAAGUUCGAAACGCGCCUGUUCCACCACAGAAUUGCUGCGGACGGCACACCUUGCUACGUGGUGCCGUCCACUCGGCGGGAGGAUGUCAAGACGCAUAUCGAGGCAAUAAUCGAGGCCUUGGAGGAGGACCAUCCUCCGUACGACCCCAGGACGCUGGUGCACCCCGAGGCAUUUAAGCUGUAUUGGGGUUCGCCCGAGGACCGGCGGGUGUACAACCGGCGCCUGCGGCGGUCAGUCCAGCAGUCCAUGGAGUAAGUCUGUCGGACCCGGGCAACCACGACGGUGUCGGCUAACAAAUAGCAGGGACUUCUAAGUGGACGCCAUAUCCAGCUCGCGUGCAAUUUUCUCUUUCAUUUCGACUCUUCAGACAUGGCAUCAGCUUGUUGGGUCUACGGAAUCCCAAACCAAGCCGUUCGGCGUUCGGACAUGGCUAGGGGGGACAGGCAGGGUCCGCCGGGGUGGAGUUACGAGUCUGGGUUUUGGUCUGCUUUUACGGGGGUGUGACGAUACUCAACGGCCUGGUUUCCUGCUGGAAGAACGCGCUCGGGGCUUUUUUCUUUACAUAAACUUCGUUCAAUGAAGCGGCGGCGUGUAGAUACGUGUAUGUAUGGAUUUAACCCUACUAAGCAGU